CCCCCGGACACCCCACCAUGACCGCAGCCGCCGCCUCCAACUGGGGGCUGAUCACCAACAUCGUGAACAGCAUAGUGGGGGUCAGUGUCCUCACCAUGCCCUUCUGCUUCAAACAGUGUGGCAUUGUCCUGGGUGCCCUUCUCCUCGCGCUGUGCUCCUGGAUGACCCACCAGUCCUGCAUGUUCCUGGUCAAGGCCGCCAGCUUGACAAAGCGGAGGACCUACGCCGGCCUGGCGUUCCACGCCUACGGGAAGGCAGGGAAGAUGCUGGUGGAGACCAGCAUGAUUGGGCUCAUGUUGGGGACCUGCAUUGCCUUCUAUGUUGUCAUCGGUGACCUGGGCUCCAGCUUCAUUGCCCGGCUCUUUGGUUUUCAGGUGACCGGCCACUUCCGUGUCUUCCUGCUGGUGGCAGUGUCCCUGGGCAUCGUGCUGCCCCUCAGCCUGCAGAGGAACAUGAUGGCGUCCAUCCAGUCCUUCAGCGCCAUGGCCCUCAUGUUCUACACGGUCUUCAUGUGCGUGAUCGUGCUGUCCUCACUCAAGCACGGCCUCUUCGGCGGCCAGUGGCUGCGGCGGGUCAGCUACGUGCGCUGGGAGGGCGUCUUCCGCUGCAUCCCCAUCUUUGGCAUGUCCUUCGCCUGCCAGUCCCAGGUCCUGCCCACUUACGACAGCCUGGACGAGCCAUCAGUGAAGACCAUGAGCUCCAUCUUCGCGUCCUCCCUUAACGUGGUCACCACCUUCUACAUCACGGUGGGGUUUUUCGGCUACGUCAGCUUCACAGAGGCCAUCGCCGGCAAUGUGCUCAUGCACUUCUCCUCGAACGUGGUGACCGAGGUCCUGCGCAUGGGCUUCCUCAUGUCCGUGGCCGUGGGCUUCCCCAUGAUGAUCCUGCCCUGCAGGCAGGCCCUCAACACCCUGCUCUUCGAACAGCAGCAGAAGGACGGGACUUUCGCCGCUGGCGGGUACAUGCCUCCUCUCCGCUUCAAGGCGCUCACCCUGGCAGUGGUGUUUGGGACCAUGGUCGGUGGGAUCCUGAUCCCCAAUGUGGAAACAGUGCUCGGUCUCACGGGAGCAACCAUGGGCAGCCUCAUCUGCUUCGUGUGCCCUGCUCUCAUCUACAGGAAGGUGCACAAGAACGCCCUCUCAGCACAGGUGGUGCUCUGGGUCGGCCUUGGCAUCCUGGUCAUCAGCACGCAUACCACCCUGUCUGUGCACGAGGACUCCCCGGUGGACUUGGCAGAGGAGGCCCCUGGUGGCCGGCUCAGAGAGAUGGAGAGCGGCGGGAAGGUGGAAGUGGGCCGGCUCUCAGCCCAGAACCCCCUGGUGGAGGUGGCCGAGGAUGCCCGCAGCAAGCCGAAGCAGCCCAGCGUGAAGCAUGAGGAGGAGCAGGCCCAGAUCAAGGGCCCCGUGGAGGUACCCCUGCCAGGGGAUGGCAAGGAGAAGCCAGAGGAGGCGCAGCUCGACCGUCCUGGUCAAGGGGUUGCUGUGCCCUUGGGGGAGGCACAUCGUCACGAACCCCCCGUCCCACACGACAAAGUGGUGGUCGAUGAGGUCCAAGACCAGGAGGCCCCAGAGGAAAGCAAGCACACCUCCAAGCACCUAGGUGGGGAGGCCCUGGAGGCCCGGAAGCCAGACUCCAAAGGACAACGGCUGGAGCCUGAGCAGGACAAGGUCCUGCAGGAUGUGGCUGGCCCUCCUGAGGUGCUCCAGAAUGUUCCACAGGCCAACGGCCAGCCAGCUGUUCAGCCUGAUGGUGAGGGCCUGGGGGCUCAAGACAGGAAUGGCCCCCCAGGACCCCCGGCGGCCCUCAAAGAGGAGCUGAAGGCAGCAGGAGGUGGGGAGAGGGCAGCCGAUGUGCCACCGCCUGGCCCUGCUGCCGAGGAGCUGGGGAAGGCUCCUGCCCUGCAGGGGGGCCCUGGUGGGAAGGCCGGUCCCCCAGUGGAAGGCCCUGAGCCCCAAGCAGGGCUGCCUGUGGAGGUGCGGGAGCAGAGGCACGCCGACGGACCCGAGGACCAUGGGGGCAACAAGCUGGAGGACGCCGGCCGCGCGGAGCUGCUGGACCACGCGGUGCUGCUGCAGGUGAUCCAGGAGCAGCAGGCGCAGCAGAAGCGGCUGCUGGAGCAGCAGGAGAAGCUACUGGCCGUGAUCGAGGAGCAGCACAAGGAGAUCCAUCAGCAGCGGCAGGAGGACGAGGAGGAGCGGCCCAGGCCUGGAGACACCCAGGCUGAGCUGGUGGAGAAGGAAGCCAGGGAGCUAGUCCAGGAGUCGAAGGCCCAGCCCAUGGGCAUUGCACCUGAAGACCACCAGGCCUCCUUGCAAGAACGUGGGCUGCAGGCCGCGACGGAGCCCCAGGGCGCUGUGGGCCGAGCCAUCGCGGGCCCUCCUGCUGGGCGAGUGGACGGGGAGCCCCGGGCAGCCCAGGCCAGUGCAAGGGAAGGCCUACGCGAGCAGGAGCCGUUGCCCAGGGGCGGGUCCCAAGAGCCCCCUGGACAAGGUCGGGGAGCCCUUGGAGGAGGCUCUCAAGGACUGAAACCAGCGGAGGGGGCAGCCCCCCAAGCUGACGGAGUGGAGGUCCGGCAGGGGAGUCGAGACCUCGGGCUUGCAGCCAGCCUGGCCCACCAGCGCGAAGGAGGGGCCGGCCCACAGGCCCCGGUCGUGCCUGAGCACCAGGCCGCCUCUGAUGGGAGACAGGGCCAGGUGUUGGUCCAGGGGCAUCGCCCAGACGCCGGCAGGGAGGUGCUGCUUGGAGAGGCAGCAGGGCAUGUCAACAAGCAGGAGGGAGAGCUGGGACCCAGGGCAGUUGCCCCAGAUGCCCAGAAGCUGGACAACGCCAAGCACAACCAUGACCUGAAGGUGCAGGCAGGCUCUGACCUGCGGCGGCGGCGGCGGGGUCUCGCCUCCGACCAGGGUCAGGAUGACAUCCUCCUCAGCCCCCACCCUCUGCUGGGACAGGGGGCCAAUGACCUGCGUGGCGCCCUGGAGGCCCAGCUGCACCUGGCAGCGCAGGGGGCAGUGCAGGUGGUGCUGAGCCGGCAGGUGAAGCAGGUGCAGGUGGCCUUAGAGGAGGGGUGA